AUCAUGAUUCCAAAAGCGCAUCGCCAACUCCCCAAAUUCUCUCCUCCUCGACCACCAGCCGCAAUGCCCGAAGUGCUCAACCCAAUCCUCCCCGGCUUUAACGCCGACCCCUCCAUCCUCCGCGUGGGGUCGGACUACUACAUCGCAACUUCAACCUUUGAGUGGUUUCCUGGCGUACAGAUCCAUCAUUCGCGGGACCUCGCAAAUUGGACUCUCGUCACGCGGCCGCUGAAUCGCAAGUCGCAGCUCGAUAUGCGCGGGAAUCCUGAUAGCUGUGGUGUCUGGGCACCGUGCUUGACGCAUGAUGGAUCCAAGUUCUACUUAGUGUACACGGAUGUAAAGAGGAAAGACGGGAGCUUCAAAGACACGCAUAACUACAUCGUCACAGCCGAGAAGAUCAAAGGACCCUGGAGCGAUCCGUACUACGUGAACUCAUCCGGUUUCGAUCCUAGCCUUUUCCACGACGAGGACGGAAAGAAGUGGUUCGUGAAUAUGCUCCAGGAUCAUCGCCGGCGGCCGAGAUCUUUCGCCGGGAUACGGCUGCAGGAAUGGUCGGAGAAGGAGGGUAAACUGGUGGGACCGUGGAGAACGAUAUUCCUCGGCACUGAGAUCGAUCUCGUUGAGGGUCCGCAUCUCUACAAGAGAAACGGGUGGUACUACCUUCUCACUGCCGAAGGCGGCACUGGGUAUGAACACGCUGCCACGCUCGCGCGGAGUAAAGACAUCUGGGGCCCGUACGAAGUACAUCCCAAGAACCCCAUUCUCUCUUCUACAAAAGCUCCGCUCGCGCCGCUCCAACGAGCAGGACAUGCAGACAUCGUGGAAACUGAAGAUGGGAAGACAUACAUAGUCCACCUGACAGGCCGCCCGAUAACACAAGCGCGUCGUUGCGUCCUCGGCCGCGAGACCGCCAUCCAAGAAGCAUACUGGGACUCCGACGACUGGCUCUACGUGAAGAACGGGCCCGUCCCCUCUCUAUCCGUCGAGCUCCCCGCUGCAAGAGACAACGCCGCAUACUGGGCAGAGCAGCGCUAUACCUUCUCCGCUUCAGACGGCCUGCACAAGGACUUCCAAUGGCUACGAACCCCCGAGCCAGAACGCAUCUUCGCCGUCAAAGACGGCGCCCUCGAACUCACCGGCCGAGAAGCAAUCGGCAGCUGGUUCGAACAAGCCCUCGUUGCGCGACGCCAGACACACUUCUCCUACGACGCGGAAACAGUGAUUGAUUUCAAGCCGUUGGAUGAGAGGCAGUUUGCGGGGUUGACGGCGUACUACUGCCGCUACAACUUCUUCUACCUGACCGUCACGGCGCACGGGGACGGCCAACGCGAACUCCUUCUUCUUACCUCUGAAGCGUCGUGGCCGGAAGGCAGACUCAAAUUCCCGAUCCCGGAACCUGUUCCUAUACCCCAGGAAGGCAAGGUGCGGCUUGCGCUCAGCAUCCGCGGGAAGGAAUUGCAAUUCUCUUAUGCGCUGGAGGGCGAGGCAGAGCUCAAGAACAUUGGGCCAGUAUUUGACGCGAGUAUUCUGAGCGAUGAGUGCGGUGGGCAUCAAGCGCAUGGCAGUUUUACAGGGGCAUUUGUCGGAGUCGCGGCGAGUGAUCUGGAUGGGUUAGAGACGAAGGCUACAUUUGAUUAUUUUGUGUAUAGGCCAGUCAAGCAUGAGAGCGAUCGGUACGAGGUGGAAACAUACACGUAG